AGAGCUGUCCGGUGCUGAGAGGGGAAGAUGAGCUCAGCGCGCGCCGGGAGGCAGGUAACGUCAGCAGUCGGCCGGAGCAAAGAAAAGACUGUACAUACACACCCACCAAGUGUGUGUGUGUGUAUGUGUGUGUGUUUCGCCGCUUAAUCGCUGAUACACACCGACACACAUUAAUAAUGGGCAGCUAAUCAGCCCCGCGUGAGUCAGCGCACCGCCUUUAUUCCCGAUCUACCUCGGUUGCAUGAUCCCGUGCGCUCCGCUUGGCUUGAAAUGGGAUGAUAUGGGAUUUUUCAUGUCGACGAAGAUCGGAGGGAUUCUUGCGUUUGCCUUGGUAUUCCUGUCCUUCACUGUGUCAGGAGACUCAGAUGCAGAUGUGAAGUGUGAGAACAUUUAUAAGGACUUUUCUGAUUGUGUCCUGGAGCUGGGAGAAAGCAUGGACAACUAUCAGGAGAACGUGACCAGCGAGAGGGGAGUUGCGGCUGUGUGCAGCCACUGGGAAGCUUUCCACACAUGUGCCCUCACAGCGCUGUCCGACUGUCAGGAGGAAGUCAGCUCCAUCUGGGAGACGCUGAGGCAGGACUCCAGGAAGAUGCGCUUCCAGGGAAGUCUGUUCGACCUGUGCAGCCCCAGCUCCUCUCCCAGCAUAGGUUCACCUCUCGCUGCACUUACCCUGCCACUGAUAGGCAUGCUGAUCACGACUGGGCCCUGUUGGUCCUCAGUAUAGGUGGGGACUGAAGGGGAGUGGGGGCGGCGGUGAGGAGAUGGGAAGGGUGAGGAGGGCCUCAAAUUCCCUCCUGAGCAUAGCUGAAACCUAAAGCCACGGAUUUAAGAGGGACAAAUAUUUUAAUAAGGAUUAUUUUGACACAGAGCCACGGAUGUCUGUGGCAAGUCAAUCAAUAUUUGCUGUGAUGAAUAAUAUUUGAAAUCCCCUCAAAUAUUUCAGCUUGAUCUUCCCUUAUGUCUAAAAGCUGGCACAGUUGUUGAGAAAAUUAUAUUCAUGCCAAUUUAUCAGGCCAGGCAGGCUAAAGCAAACAAUCAUGUACUCACAUGUAUUUUAGGGAUUUCAGAUACAAUCUGAGCAGAGUCUGAUCAGCACAAUCUACAGUCAGACAGACACCUGUGGCUCUUGUUGCCCAAGUUGCCCAAUAUAUAAAUAUAUAAGGGGUGGACACAAUAUCAUGAAACCUGUAAAACCUGAUACAAUCCAAGACAUCCGCCCUGCAAUAAAUACUACAUUUGUGAAGAUUAUCAUGGUCUGUUUUUGUGGAUUCAACCCUGAGGUGAUUUUUAAAGCAGUAUUUGUGGAGGUGUUGUACUAGUUUCAUAUUUAAGACAGUAAGGUGUUCCUGGUAUUGUGUCCACUCCCUGUACUAUGUAUUGUAUGGUUUUAUCACAAUAGUUAAAGAAAUAGUUCAACAUUUUGGGAGUUAGACAAGAAGAUUGACACCACUCUCCUCCAUAUUAAGCAUAAAGACAUGAGAGCAGUGUUGACAUCUAACUCUUGGCAAAGAAAGCGAAUAAGCGCGUCUCUCAAAAUGUCAAACUAUUCCUUUAAUUAAGAGCUACAGUGUAUUUUAGCACCAAACAAAUUUAAAUCUCUAGUUUAUAUCAAUACAGCCAAGCCAUAAUGAUGUAAUUAGCUAACAUGUUACAAGAAACCUUUUAAAGAUGCACUUAACAGCAAUAUCUUAGCAAAUCUGAGUCAUUGGAAACAAUUUUGUUUAAUUUGAGUUAUUAGGAGUCACUUAUUUUAAUGUGUUCAAAGGACAAACAUAAAGUUCAAACCAGAAAUUAAUCUGAGAGAAUUAACUGCACCAAAGGUAGAACCUAACCAAUGUUCACAUGUACAAAAAGGUGAAAAGGCCCAUUGUUUCAAAGUGUAGUAAAUGUUUGUGUAAGUGACAAUCAAGCCACUUGUAUAAAGCUUUUGACCCCUCUUCCCCCUCAACACUUCAGCCCUGUGGGGCUGAUGUUGCACGGCUGCUACAAAGACACCAAAAAGAGACAUCCGACAUGCCAUCACACGUUCACUUUUCCAGCUCCUCUCUCGCUCUCUCAGAGCCUCGCCCCAUGCUUUGGUUAACUCUUACUCUUAAACCUCUGACCUGUUGAUGUUUGUGUAAAAGAAAAUCUCAAGUGUGACUGUUCAUUAUUUUUUCACAAAUGUCUGUUACAUCACCUGCAGUUAACAGGCACGAGCAUUUAUUAGCUCAACUCCAACAAUUAGUCUUAAAUUAAGUCCAAUAAUAUGCAAUAGAAAAAUGAAUAGCUGCUGUGUAAUGAAACAGCAUUUUUUUUGAAAAUACAACUGCUAUUGCAUCAAUAAUACUUCAGUUAAAGAUCUAUCUAUUAAUGCAUUGCAUAAUUAUGAUGCUUAUAGUACCUAUUUCAUGCAUUUAGUUGGUUUAAUUUGGAGAAACAGACUUGAUUUUACACAAAAAUCACAUUGAGCAGAGAGAAGAAUGAGCGUAUAUUCAUGUACAUCAGUUCAUGAGUGCUACAGUUAUCAUGGUAUCAUCCCAACUCAUUUGACAUAUUUAGCCAAUAAACCAUGUGAGAUAUCACUAAUUGUAAUAGUAUUUUAAGUAAUUAGGUUAAAUUUCCCUCAAGACUUUGUCAGUUACUGCGACAGUCAAAUAAAAUUCAGAACAAAUUAAGAAUUAAAAAGCAAGAGUCAAUCAGAUUUUUUGUAUAUUUUGUUUCCCCAAAACUGUCAACAUUUGCAUAUCUCCUUUAACACUGACAAUCCUGACAGGCAUCAUCAAAACGUCGGCGACUCCUGACUGUGGUCGUGAAUAUUUUCCAUCAUCUCUUUUAUCACAGAUGCAUGAUAAUUUUUGUGACAGUGCUUCAGAGAAAAAUGGCCAGUCUGUUGAUUUUACCUUACACAAAGUGUACAGUGGUAUUAAUCUGUGCAUGAAGUUAUCGGCUAUUUCUCCCGGUGUAUCAGCAUCCUUUCUUAUGCAGAUUCAUUACCUUCCCGCCCUCACCCGCCUUACCUCCAUCAGCAUGUUUGUUGUAGUUGUUUCUAAUUAUUUCAUGUUUCUCAUGUGGUAGCAUAACGUCAUCCAUCGUGUGUCUGGUGGUGAGAAUACAAAACGUCCUCAAAGCAUGAGCAAUAUGUAUGAUCACUUUAGAGAGGACUCUUAUCCCUUCAUAUGCUGUUGAAGAAAGCAUGAAAAUGAUUGUGUUAUCAUGAGCAUUAUACCAUAAGAAAUGAACCCUAACGACAGUUUCAACAUGGAAAGAACUUCUGAAUGUAAAAACAAGUUCAGUAUCCAUGUGGUUUUUUUCAGUUUACUGAUAGAAAAGCACACUAUUUACAAGACUGUAUAAAGCAAUAUAUGGCAAAGUAUUGUGUUUGUAAUAAUAAAGCACCAUGUUUAAAAUGUACAGCUCUUGUGUUCAUCACCUUUAGCAAACUAAUGGAAAGCACAGAUCUAGAAAGUGAAAGCAGAAGUGGUGGAACAGUGGAGCGUUUAAUCAAUGACCCAGAAAUGGUUCAGAGAAAGCAGCGAGUCCACUGCUGUACGACUCAUUUACAACCGAGUUUCUGUUUUUAGUCUUCCCUCAAGAAAAGUCUUGGUAAUGAGGAUCGCAACUAGUGUUUUUCCAACUCGUUAGUGCUCUCCCAUCUGCUUCUUUCCACCUGGACACUUCCAGCAGAGGCAGCAAUGGGAGAAAAUGAGGGAUCAAGGCCCAGGGUGGAAAACCUUCAGAGAACCAAAGACACGCUUGUGCUGUGGCACUCAUUAGAAGACCUAUCUUUAACAUCUGAAGCAUAAUGGCCAAUUAUUUUUUCACCUACAGUUUCCUGACAAAGAUUUAUUUCAAUCAAUAUGCACUGGUGGUGUUUUAUUAAACAGCAUUUGCAUGACAGUCCUUAAAUUGUACAAUAAGUCCUUCAACAUCUACAUUUAAAAAAGAAAAGAAAAAAAAGUGGAAAAAAAAAAACAUACACCCCAUCUGUGAUGUUUCAGCACUGGAAACAGGUCCGAGAAUUUAAUCACAUGAAUAGGUCCAUCUCUCCAUUUGUAUUUAAAUCCAUUAUAAAAAAAACAAAGUUAUGUUAAGGAAUAUAAAGGUGACAUUGCAUGUGAAAACUUGCAGAGCAGCCAUUGCUAGAAAUACUCAAAUAUUAGCUUACCCUGCCUCAGAAAGAGUAGUCAUGAGUUUGAACAUAAGUUAAAGGAAUAGUUCAACACUUGUUUACUUCCUUACUGAGGGUUAGAUAGGAAAGUUGAUACCACUGUCAAGUCUGUACAGUAAAUAUGAAACUAAAGUCAGCAGUCAGUUAGCUUAGCUUAGCAUAAAGACUGGAAACAGAGAGAGAAAAAGCUAGCCUGGCUCUGUUCAAAGACAACAAAAUCCACCUAAAGAUCACUGAAUAACACGUUAUAUGCUGUUUAUUUUGGUGGAGCGCAGUGACCUCCAAGAGUCUUCAGCGUCAGCAGGAGACCAACACAACUUACUGUUUUUACACUUUGUUCACACAAAAAAACAAAUAAGAUAUAACAUGGUAAUUAGUGAGCUUUAGAGGUGCUACCUACUUGGUUUUACCUGCUAAGCUAAGCUAACCAGCUAUAUUUAAUAGACAGACAUAAAGUCGAGCUUCUCUUCUAACUCCCGACAGCGAAU